CUACCAGAACCGCCUUUAUAGGCAAUCAAUCAAUUAGUAAUUAGUUAAUUAGUAACUUUCUCACCAAUCAGAUUUGAGAAUUAGUGAUAUCUGGCAACCCGGGCGGUGUCGCGUCGUGGGAGACGCACUGUGCUGUGUUGGUUAUCUUACCGUCAACCAGUGAGUGUAAUAAUGCCUUGUAGAUGGAGGCACAUACACAUCUUCCAUAUUCUCCCAUCGACACACUCACCACCAGAAACAAGGAUGGAGAUAAUCUGAUUUCGGAGCUGACCCCUGAUUUCCAGCCCCGGCUCUACGGCUCGCCUGGCUGUGAGACAUGGAGCGUGUGUUUCUCUCCGGACGGUACACGGUUCGCCUGGUCCGCUGGUUAUGGACUAGUGAAGGUUCUGCCGUGGCCACUGCCGUCCAACCUUCAUACUCCAAACUCUUACACUGAAGAAAAACUGCUGGACUGCGGAGACAUCGUGUGGGGCAUGGCGUUCGGCCCGCGCAUCUCAAAUCGGGAGAAAUUGAAAAAACUGCCUGUAAAAGGCCAAGAACUGCUGCUAGCAACAGGCCUCACUAACGGGACAAUCAAGGUGUGGGUCGUCUCCACCGGAGAAUUACUGUUCAAUCUGACAGGCCACCGGUCAGUCGUAAGAGAUUUGGUCUUCACUCCAAAUGGGAGCCUCACUCUCGUGUCAGCUUCCAGGGAUAAAACUUUAAGAGUAUGGGACUUGGCAGAGAAAGGUCAACCAUCCCGUGUGCUCACAGGUCCAAACUUCUGGUUGUUCAAAUGUUCUGUGUCUCCAGAUAGCAGUCUGAUCGCUUCAGUCUGUAACCUCGACACAAAAGUUUAUCUUUGGAGUCUUCGAUCCUUCACUUUUGUCAGGAACCUGAAAUACAAACACCAGCGCUCCAUGGUGUCCUGCGACUUCUCUGCCGACGGAGCGCUGCUCGCGGUUGGGUCUUAUCAAGCUCUGACAGGAUGGUGGCUGGACCUGUGGGAUCCCUACACCGCAGAUCACCUGAUUAAAGUGGAGGACUGCGAUCGGUGUGAGCCCAGAAAUGAAAAUCUGCUGAUGGCUUUGACUUUUUCUCCUACAUUCCCUCAUCUGGCUUUUAAAGACUACAUGGCGUUACGUAUCUGGGACAUGGAACAAGACAAACUGGUCUUGGUGUCAGAUCAUAACCGAGUUAGCGGCCUGUGCUGUGCCUUCCACCCACGAGGCAGCGUCAUCGCUACGGGGUGUCGAGAAGGACAUGUAAAGUUUUGGAAAGUUCCUUGUCAGGUUUCCAGCCUGCGCCAUUUGUGCCGCACUGCGCUCAGGUUCUCGGUGUCCACCUACCAGGUGCAGGCUUUACCGAUCCCCAAGAAGAUCCUGGACUUCCUGACGUACCGAGACAUUCCUAAGAAAAGAAUUCUGUGCUGCAGUGAACAUCAUAGAUGACGAUGAAGAGCUUUUGGGUCAUGGCUGCUACACGAGGCUGCUACACGAUAUACAUACAUACAUACAUACAUACAUACACACACACACACGAAGAAAAGGACACUGAUUCUGAAGUACAAAUUUAUUUAUUUAUUUAACCUUUCUCUUGUGUUAGGUUUGGCACUGACCCGUUUUUUAAAUGCAUUAAGUAUGUUUACUGCAUCAAGGCUUCAAGUCAGAAACUUCUAUUUAAACAAAAUAAACCAAAAAAAAAAAAUCAAUUUAACUGAAUUAUAAAAUGCUCUGGUGAAAUCGAUGACCUUUGUGUCGUUAGGGUCGGUUUCAAACCAGUUCUAAUAUAAGAUUAUAAUACAAUGAUUAGUGCCAAAUUGAAAUCAUUCACCUUUCCUGAACAGAUAAAACAAAAUACUCACAAAUACAAACCAAAAUCUGACAUGCUUGCUACUGUCAGGGAUGUCUGGGAGAGACGGGUGCUUCUCAUUCCAUUGAUGUUCAACCGAGGGCCAGAGGUGAGAAUAAAUUUUCCGUGGAAAAUGCCCCUUCCGGCAAUAUAUGCCUAGUAAUCCAGGCAAAAUCUGGGCGGUCUGUGAUGCAAAAACCAGCUAUAAAUCUAAUCUACAGUUUUACACGGAGUGGCUUCCUUGAGAAAUACAAGGAAAACUUGUAGUCCUUGAUACGACUACUGGACUGCGGGGUCACAAUAUCACGUGUGACCAUAUUUUUUACCAGCUAUGACCUUAGACAAGAACUUCUCAGGAGGAAAAUUCCCAUGGUGGGCACAAUAAAAAAAAAAGUCCGCUUUUCACAACGUAGCUGUCAUCAGGAAGAGACAUAAAGCCCAUAAUAAUCCUGGAUUAUAACGGAAACAAUGGAGGAGUGGACAAGCCGACUGCCAGGAGAUGGCCAAUGGUUGUGUUUUAUAACAUACUAGAUGUGUCUGUGUACAAUGCAUUUGCGUUGUGGACCUACAUCCAUCUCUGGUGGAACUCAACUAAUGUUUAUUGAGGCACACAUUGAGAGACCUGAGAUCCGGCCGCCGAAGCCUUGGUCAGACAGCUGCAGAGUUAGCACCUAGCACCACAUCAGCAACACAAAGAGCAUCCUUGCAGAUCUACAUUUUGUAAUAUUACUUGUUCUGCUUUUCAUUUUGGAUUUAUAUUAAAGUUUACAUUUUUUGAAAAAAAAAUUGAAGUAAAUAAAUGUGUCACUAUUGACCCGUAACAACGUAGAUGCUAAUAUUCAUUCAUUUUCUACCGCUUAUCCGAACUUCUCGGGUCACAGGGAGCCUGUGCCUAUCUCAGGCGUCAUCGGGCAUCGAGGCAGGAUACACCCUGGACGGA